CUGGGAUUAAUGUUCAAUGGAUUAUUUGUGUGCUCCUGUCCCUCCUGCUCAUUGUUUCUUUGUAGCGCCCCAAAUGCGCAUUUCCUAUAGUGCACCAUCUCUUGACACUCUUCCACCGAAAGCGGGUAAAUCGUCUGUAUUAUCGGUUUUUUAUGCUCGUACCCUAAAAGGUCGACUCUGUAUUGCAAAGUUUGGCUGACUUUCAAACACCUCCACGCUUGAAAAGAGAAAAGCUCUUCGUUCGGUUUAUAAAUAUCUAAGCUAAGCUGCCUCAGUGGUUGUGUCAAAAAAUUUCCUAUCCCAACACAGGAUGAUUUAUCUCGCUUAAACUCUAUUAUUUUCGAAUUCAAACCCUUCGGGCAUAUCAUCGGGGAUGCUAAGCAUGCUACUAAGAGCGA